GUCUGCCGGACUGACGGGCGGCCGGGCGGUGCGCGGCGGCGGCGGGGAAGAUGGCGGCGUCCUCCCUGGAGCAGAAGCUGUCCCGCCUGGAAGCAAAGCUGAAGCAGGAGAACCGCGAGGCCCGGCGGAGGAUCGACCUCAACCUGGAUAUCAGCCCCCAGCGGCCCAGGCCCGUUAUUGUGAUCACUCUAAGCCCUGCUCCUGCCCCGUCCCAACGAGCAGCCCUGCCGCUCCCGCUGGCCAACGAUGGGGGCAUCCGUUCACCGUCUUCGGAGAGCUCCCCUCAGCACCCCACGCCCCCCGCCCGGCCCCGCCACAUGCUGGGGCUUCCGUCAACCCUGUUCACGCCCCGCAGCAUGGAGAGCAUCGAGAUUGACCAGAAGCUGCAGGAGAUCAUGAAGCAGACGGGCUACCUGACCAUCGGGGGCCAGCGCUACCAGGCGGAAAUCAACGACUUGGAGAACCUAGGCGAGAUGGGCAGCGGCACCUGCGGCCAGGUGUGGAAGAUGCGCUUCCGAAAGACAGGGCACGUCAUUGCCGUCAAGCAAAUGCGGCGCUCGGGGAACAAGGAGGAGAACAAGCGCAUCCUCAUGGACCUGGACGUGGUGCUCAAGAGCCAUGACUGUCCCUACAUCGUGCAGUGCUUCGGGACCUUCAUCACCAACACGGACGUCUUCAUUGCCAUGGAGCUCAUGGGCACGUGCGCCGAGAAGCUCAAGAAGCGAAUGCAGGGCCCCAUUCCUGAGCGGAUCCUGGGCAAGAUGACGGUGGCGAUCGUGAAGGCGCUCUACUACCUGAAGGAGAAGCACGGCGUCAUCCACCGUGACGUCAAGCCCUCCAACAUCCUGCUGGACGAGCGGGGCCAGAUCAAGCUCUGCGACUUUGGCAUCAGCGGCCGCCUGGUCGACUCAAAGGCCAAAACGCGGAGCGCAGGCUGUGCCGCCUACAUGGCGCCUGAGCGCAUCGACCCCCCGGACCCCACCAAGCCCGACUACGACAUCCGGGCUGAUGUGUGGAGCCUAGGCAUCUCCUUGGUGGAGCUGGCAACGGGACAGUUUCCCUACAAGAACUGCAAGACGGACUUUGAGGUCCUUACCAAAGUCCUACAGGAAGAGCCCCCGCUCCUGCCUGGCCACAUGGGCUUCUCGGGGGACUUCCAGUCCUUCGUCAAAGACUGCCUUACUAAAGAUCACAGGAAGAGACCAAAGUAUAAUAAGCUACUUGAACACAGCUUCAUCAAGCGCUAUGAGACACUCGAGGUGGACGUGGCGUCCUGGUUCAAAGACGUCAUGGCGAAGACCGAGUCUCCGCGGACUAGUGGAGUCCUGAGCCAACACCAUCUGCCCUUCUUCAGGUAGCCGCGUGGCGGCGGCCAGCCCCACAGGGGCCCAGGGGCAUGGCCAUAGGUCCCACUUCCCCACCCGGCCACCCAGCUGCCUGCCAGGGGAGACCUGGGACCUGGAUGGCCACCGAGGGCUGCAGACAGAAAGUAGGGGGUGCCUAUCACCCCCAACUCCCUGCCCAUCAGCCGUGGACACACGGGCCCACCAGGCCCUAGCCCUUCCUGCCCCGGGGCCGGCCGGCCGCACGCAUCCCCCUGACAGACACUGUGAACGGAAGACAGCAGGCCGCAAGUGGACUCGCUAUUUAUUCAGUCGUAACCUCUGGGCUGGAGCGGCCCCCAGGGGCUGGGAGAGAGCCCCCUGUCCCGCAUCCCCCACACGCCCAGCGUGCUGUCCCCUUGCCUGCCCCCACGCACAUGCUGUUCUUGUCUCCUUCUGUCUCCCCUUUCUACCUCUCUGUCCCAAUCUGGCUCUCCCUGUCUCCCUCCCUGCCUCUGCCUCUCUCCUGGCCUAAGCCUGGACUCAGCCACCCCCUGGCGGGACCCCUGGGUCCGCUUAGGUCUCUGUGGAGCGCCAAGUUGGUCGCUGGCAUCCUCGCCCCAGCAAGGUGGUGUGGGCAUUGCAACUGCAGCCAGACCGGGGCUGGUUUCUCUCUCUCUUUCUCUCUCUCUCUCUCUCUCUCUCUCUCUCUCUCUCUCUGUCUCUGUCUCUCUGUUUCUCUCUCUCUCUUUGAUCUCAGGGGGUCUUUUUUGGAGUUUAUUGUAUUUUAUUGUACUUGGUGGGGUGUUUAGGGGGUGGGGGGAGGAGGAGAGCUUGUUCUCAUGGGAUUUGUCGGUACCUUCAGAAACUUUUACCAAAGUCACGUUUAGCUGCUUGUGGUGGGGCCCCUGACUGCCUGCGGGCACUGGGGGAGCUGGGGAUGGGGGCCCAAGCCAUGGGGGCCUGGGCCGCUUCUCCUUGACAGCCCAGAGGUGAGCUCCAGGGAGCUCCUCCUCUCUAGGGGUCAGCCCUUGGGGCUGGAGACUGGCCACAGCUUGGGGGUGAGUUGAAGACCUCAGGGGGCACAGAGGGAGCCCGAGGGAGGGGCCGUGGCCACAUAGGAUGGCCUUCAGGGAAAGUAGCGUGGGCGUGGUAGAGAGCAGCUUGCAGCAGGGAGGUGUCGGGAGGGGAUCGAUGGCAGGAGUGGGGCCAUGGGGCUGAGAGAAGGUGUCCGGAGGGGAUCAGUUUGAAAGUGCAGGGAGUGGAUGUAGGGGUUUGAGUAUGUGUGACGGUGGCUCGAGUGAAAGGGGAGGCUAGGCUGAGGCAUGGGAAUGCAAGGUGGCUCCCCCAUCGUGCCCUGAGCGUCCUUUGACUCACUCAGAGCUGGCCAGCCCCCAGCCCACCCUGAGGCCUGGGCUGGAAAGGACCAGGCACCCACCCCAGGGCCCAGGCCCAGGUGUCCCUUGGAGCCCGCUGCAGCAGCGGCCAGAGCAGGAGGGGGUGUGUUUCCUUUUUGUUGGUAAUGCAUGCACAUCAAGUGGACAAGAAAACAAAAUAACAAAAACAAAAAAACAAAGAAAAAAAAGAAAACCCCAUAAAACCACAAAAACCAACCAACGCCAAAGGUGAGGAAGCUCGCUGGAUGCACCUGAAGCAAUGUAGGCUUAGGCGUCGCUGUCCCUUCUUACCUGUUGUCCUGAUCUCAUUAUUGUUAUGAUAUUCACAAAACGCCGCAUGUUUAAUAAGUAAUAGAAGUCAUCUUCUCUCUGCUCCUGGGGGAGGCCACCUUCUCUUGCCCCUGAUCCCCUUUGUGAGGGGAUGGGGGUAGGGUGGGUGGCCAGUGGGCCUGGCCCCCUCCCUCCCUCACUGGGCCCAGCCACGGGGGCCUUUGUGGGUGUCUGGAAGGUCACUUGGCUGGUCCCAGGGUCAGCAAAGGCCCGAGGCUGGGCCGCCUGGUUUUAUUUUUAUUUAACUUUAUUUUCUGUUUUGUGAGUGUGUCCGCCCCGCUCCUUCAGUGUUAAGUGGGAGCCCUGGGGGAGUCUCUCCUACUUCCCUGCAUCUCCCAAGACCUCCCCCUCUGUCACCAGCCAUCCCUCUUGACCAGGCAGAGGGCAGACCGGGCAGGCAGGGGCCUGGGGUGGCCUGGCCCAGCCCACUGGCCCAGGGACUCCUCCUCAGGCUGCCAGUAUUGCCCCGUCCCUUUUUAAAACAAAAUGCCCUCGUUUGUAAAUCCUUAGACGCUUGAGAAUAAAACCCCUCCCUUUUCUUCCA